AUGCCUGGCAACCCUCAUGGGGGUGAAUUGGAUACCUCGUUGGCGAUCUCAUCGCUUGAUUACUACACCAACGUUUAUGGCCAUCCAAGCGGGCAGAUUCCAACCCUGCGGGCCACAUCAAUGCCCUUGGGGGGGAGUUUAGAUCCACACCGACAGAAUUACCUGGCAGCUCCUCACCCCAUGGCUCUCCAUCCUCCGGAAUCGAAGGUUAUUAAAGCAAUCAAGAAUAACAUCUCGGCAUCAAAUCCAUGGGAUGAUCUUAAAAUUAUCGGAACCCAAGUACACAUGCCAGCUCGUGAAAUCUCGCGCAAAAAUUAUUCGCGAAAUUAA